UCUUUUUUUCGGCUCCACUUGCUUUCUCCAUGCCAUGGAGUGUCUGCGUCUACCUGCAACGUCUCUUGGACUGCGGCCCUUCUGUUUAACGUUCACAGACGGACCAAGUAGAACCUUUCUCAAUCCCAAAAGAAUAACUUCUUCUCUUCCUCUUUUAUUGCACUCGAGCAUCUUUUCCUCUAGAAAUCUUUCAACCCCGUCUCAGUUUUCUCAUCUUAUACAAUUUGCAAUUCCUGAAAGCCAAUCGAGUGCUCGAGUCAGUACCGAAACAGCUGAAUGGGCAAUGCAAGAUUUUUAUACCCUAAGAAAGGAUGUGGAAAUAACAAUUGAACGUGUUGAAGAGAUUAGGGCAUCUGCUGGUCUUCAGCAGUUAGAAGAAGAUCUUGCAGUUUUAGAGAAAAAGGCUGCAGAUAGCUCUUUGUGGGGUGAUCGAGCUAAAGCACAGGAAACGCUUCUUUCCUUGACAGAUGUCAAAGACAGAAUUAAACUUCUGACUGAUUUCAAAACCCAGGUUGAAGAUGCAGAAACAAUUGUAAAGCUAACUGAAGAAAUGGAAUCCAUAGAUGCUUCACUUCUUGAAGAGGCUGCCAAUACUAUUAGAGAUUUGAAUAAGGCUUUGGAUCAGUUUGAGUUGACUCAGCUACUUUCUGGACCAUAUGACAAAGAAGGUGCUGUAAUCUCCAUCACGGCUGGUGCUGGGGGUACAGAUGCACAGGAUUGGGCUGACAUGCUGCUUAGGAUGUAUGUGAGAUGGGGAGAGAAGCAGCGGUACAAGACAAGAGUGGUUGAGAAAUCCAUGGGUGAGGAAGCUGGAAUCAAAUCAGCCACGAUUGAACUAGAAGGCCGUUAUGCAUAUGGGUAUUUGUCAGGGGAGAAAGGAACACAUCGUAUUGUCCGGCGGUCUCCAUUCAAUGCCAAAGGUCUUCGCCAGACAAGCUUUUCUGGUGUAGAAGUUAUGCCACUGCUUCCUGAAGAGUCACUGGAUGUUGAGAUACCUGAAGAAGACUUGGAAAUAAGUUUCUCCAGGGCAGGUGGAAAGGGUGGUCAGAAUGUGAACAAGGUAGAGACAGCUGUUCGAAUCGUUCACAUCCCUACUGGCAUUGCAGUUAGAUGUACAGAAGAGAGAUCUCAACUAGCAAACAAGAUCAAAGCCCUUAGUCGUUUGAAAGCUAAACUUCUGGUCAUUUCUGAGGAGCAAAGAGCAUCCGAAAUCAAACAAAUACGAGGAGACGCAGUGAAAGCCGAAUGGGGCCAGCAAAUACGUAAUUAUGUAUUCCAUCCGUACAAGCUUGUCAAAGACUUGCGGACAGGAUAUGAGGUUUCUGAUAUCACUUCUGUUAUGGAUGGUGAGUUGGAGCCAUUCAUCAAAGCAUACCUCAAAUACAAAUACAAUAUAACUGCUGCAGCUGCUGCUGUCAUAUAACUGUUUGUGAUUCACAAAUCUUGGUUACUCUAUAAUCUUUAUAGUAUGUAAUGUUCCUAAUU